ACGUUCCUCACUUUAAUACACUUUCAACACUCCUAUAUUUUUCAGGGAAAAAACAGCCCAAACCCAAAGCUACCUCGUCUUCUUUCAAAGAACCCCUCUCUCUGAUCAUCAUCUCUUCAUCAUCAAUUUGGGAAAACCCUAUCUUUCUAUUUCAAUCGGUCUUUUCAAAAUGGGUGUCUCUUUUUAGGCUUUGUUUCCCUUAAAUCUCAACCCUAGAGGAGGGUUUUUCUUUUUAACAUUUCUUUUGGAAAAUUUUCAUAUUUGGGUGUUUGGGGCUUUUUAAUCCAUGGCUGCCGGUGCUGAGAUGUCUGGUGAGGCAGUGCCCGCCGUUCCAUCUUCCAAGAAUUCCGAUUCGAAAUCGGAAUUCGGAGCAGGAAUGCAAUCGAUGAUCGUUGAUAUGUUGUCCAAUUUAAAGUUAAAUCCAUUGGCCAAGGAGUUUUUCCCUUCAUCAUACUCUCAUGAUCAUUUGAUUCCUACUGAUUUUUCUAAGGAUUCCCCCAAUGAUGCCUACCCAAAUAAUCGCAGGAGAAGAAAUAAUUAUAACCAAGGAAGGAGGAGGUUGAGUGGGAGAGCAUUUAGAGCUCAACGUGAAGAUAGUAUUCGCCGCACUGUGUAUGUUUCUGAUAUUGAUCAGCAUGUCACUGAGGAGCGGCUUGCUGCCUUAUUUAGUAGCUGUGGACAAGUUGUUGAUUGUCGAGUUUGUGGUGAUCCGCAUUCAGUUCUUCGUUUUGCAUUUGUGGAGUUUGCUGAUGAGCAUGGUGCGAGAGCAGCAUUAAACCUUGGUGGGACAAUGCUAGGUUACUAUCCAGUUAGGGUCUUACCUUCAAAGACUGCUAUCCUUCCUGUGAAUCCUACAUUCCUCCCCAGGUCAGAGGAUGAGCGGGAAAUGUGUGCUAGGACUGUCUAUUGUACAAAUAUUGAUAAGAAGGUUUCUCAGGCUGAGGUCAAGAACUUCUUUGAAAGGGCCUGUGGUGAGGUUUCUCGCCUGAGGCUUUUAGGGGAUCAUGUGCAUUCGACGCGUAUAGCUUUUGUUGAAUUUGCAAUGGCAGAAAGUGCCAUUGUUGCGCUGAAUUGUAGUGGGCUGGUCUUGGGGACCCAACCCAUCAGGGUCAGUCCUUCAAAGACACCAGUGAGGCCACGGGUCCCUCGUGCAACGUUGCAUUAGCUAAUUAUCGGAGUAUAAACCUGCGGAUGGAAUUUGGUGUAACUUCCUGUUGAGAAAGACUUUGUUGUGUUGAAGGGGUGGUGAAACUUCCUUUUGUUUCAUUAUUUCCAUCUUUUCGGUAGCAACAGUAACUUUUCUGCGAGUGAACUUAUCGUGACUUGUCUUGAUCUCGAGUAUUUUUACCUUGUUCCAGCCCUUUGUUUUCUUAGUGUCAUCUAUUUACUUUGAUAGUGUCCUAUCGCUUAUAAUGGGGAGGUAAAUCAAAGUUAAAGUAGCAUUUGAUAUCCA